GGCCUCUCUGAGCCCACUGGUGCCGGGAGGUCGAGGCCCGGGGCCCGAGAUGGCGGGACCCUACGGUGGCGGCGGAGGUGGAGGCGGAGGCGGAGGCGAGGUCAGGUGCGUCAGCCUCGAGUGGGAUUUCCGGCAGGGGCUGCUGAUCAAGACCCCACCUGUGCCCUGCCUGCAGGCCCUGCGGAAGGAGAAGUCGCGGAACGCCGCCCGCUCCCGCCGAGGCAAGGAGAACUUGGAGUUGUACGAACUGGCCAAGAUGCUGCCCCUGCCCGGGGCCAUCACUAGCCAGCUGGAUAAAGCCUCCGUGGUCCGCCUGACCAUCACCUACCUGCGUAUGCGCGACUUCGCCGCCCACGGGGACCCGCCCUGGCGUCUGCGGGCCGAGGGGCCCGCGGGAAAAGGUGCCCCCGGCCGGCAGAGCGCGGCCGCCCUGUUCGAGCAGCACCUGGGCGGCCACAUCUUACAGUCGCUGGACGGGUUUGUGUUUGCGUUGAACCAAGAAGGGAAGUUUCUGUACAUCUCCGAGACCGUCUCCAUCUACUUGGGCCUCUCUCAGGUAGAGCUGACGGGCAGCAGCGUCUUUGACUACGUCCACCCUGGAGAUCACUCUGAAGUGCUGGAGCAGCUGGGGUUGGGUUCCUCGCCUCUCCCAAGACCCCUGGGACCCCCGUCGUCGGGCUCCACCUCCUCGUCUUCCUCUCUCCCUGAGGCCUCAGAGGCCGAACCGGGACUCCCAGCACCCGUCCCGCCCAGUGCCCUCGAACGAUCCUUCUUCAUCCGCAUGAAGUCGACCCUCACCAAGCGGGGUCUCCACGUCAAAGCCUCCGGCUACAAGGUGAUCCACGUGACGGGCCGGCUGCGCCCCCGCCUGCCCUCCUUCUCCCUCAGCCGCUUGGCGCUGGGCCGGGUGCUGGGCCUGGUGGCGCUGGGCCAUACCCUGCCGCCCUCCACCCUCAGCGAGGUCCGGAUCGACUGUCACAUGUUCGUCCUGCGGGUGCACCUGGACCUGCAGAUCGUCUACUGUGAGAGCAGGGUCAGCGACUACAUGGACCUGGGUCCCUCGGAGCUCGUGGGCCGGAGCUGCUACCAAUUCAUCCACGGGGAGGAUGUGGCGGGGAUCCGGCGGAGUCACCUGGACUGGCUGGACAAGGGCCAGGUGGUGACGGGCUAUUACCGGUGGCUGCAGAAGGCCGGGGGCUUCGUGUGGCUGCAGACCUGCGCCACCAUCUCCAGCAGCGCCAAGGACCCCGGCGAGCGACACGGCGUCUGGGUCAACUACGUCCUCAGUCACCCGGAGGGCCGGCACACGGCCCUGGACGUCUUCCAGCUACCGGGCACCGGAGCCCCAGCGGACCCCUCUGACUCCGAGUCCGACACCCAAGGUACCUCUGCCCACUGGGUCUCUACCUCAGCGCUCGGUAUCGUCGAGAAAGGUGCUGGCUACUCCAAGCGACGUCGCGACGUGAAACAGGAAGCGGACCACGGCCCGAGGGGCAGCGAGGACUCGGACAGCUCCAGCCCCAGCUCCAGCCCCAGCCCAUCCUGCCGCCCACGGCCCCAGCAGGGCCACGUCAACGGCCGCCAGGGCCCCGGCCGCCCCUGCCCCUCGGAAUUCGCCUCGGUCAUCCGGGCUAGAGGCGUCAAGGCGGAGGCGGGGCUGUGGGGGUACGGCCCCGCCCGUCCCCUGUUCGCCCCCGAGGCCGUGCUGACCCUCCCGGCUCCAGAUGGGGGGGACAAGGGGGAGCCCUUCCUCCCAGCCUCAGCCCGGGACCCCGACCCCCCGUCGUCCUCCGGCGACCGGCCGGCCGCCCCCUUCCCGGCCCCGCUGCUCUGCCCCGGCUACCUGCCCCUGGUGCGCCCACUGGAGGUCCGGGCGGCCACCCCCCGGCUCUACGCCACCAGCACCAUCCGCUACGCCCCGGCCGAGAUGGGCCUGGCCCUGCCCCCGACCGUGCUGCCCGCGGCCAUGCUGCCCGCCCGCGCGCUCAACCUGGUGGAGCUGGGCUCCGGGGAGGGCAAGGGCCCCAUGGGGCUGGUGUACCAGCGCCUGCAGCGACUGGGCGGGGCCUUCGGGCCGGGCACGGCCGACUCCCUCUUCUCCACCCUGCCCUUCUCCGGCGUGGGGGCCGGGCCCCAUCGCAAGGAGGACUGA